AUGCCGUUAAUCAAGGAUAAUAAACGUAAACAUCACUCAACAUUUCGCUGCACUGGGGCAGAAAACGAUAUUGAAUCUUGGCAAGAUCGACUAUGUAUAUUUAAUGAUAUAUGUUACAAUAACGAUGCUCAACGCUUUGAAUACUAUCCGUUGUUUCUUAAAGAGAAACGACCUAUUUUCUAUGAUGCAAACUACGGUAUGUUAUUUCAGUUUGGCAUGAAGAAUGAUGGCUCGGGUUUCCUUUCAUUAUCGAGUGGAGGGGGCCAAUCGUGGGCACCAGUUAUUAUCAAUGAAACAUAUCCAGUAAGAAAUAUGACUAGACUUUCUCGUCUUCAUACAAUUUGGGCAGAUGCGUUAGGUGCUUCCAACAUUGGCCAUGGACUUUGGGAAGAUUUGGGUUCUAUCUCGUAUUCAAUGGAACGACUAAAUGAAUUCGAUCCACAGUUAGUGAUUAUGCACAAAAAUAAGAUACCUGAAACAGCCAUUUUUCGUUCAUAUCAACAAUAUAUUAUUCCUGCGUUGACUGAAACACCAAUGGUUGAAUUCGGUACUUAUAUUAGAUCUUUCAAGACCAAGUUUGUAUGCUUCGAAAAAGUGUUUGCAGGUGGUCAAUUAAGCGUUUUCAAACCAUCCAUUAUUAAAGAAAACCAUGGGCGAGAACCACUUUUCUAUAAUUGGAGGUCUAAAAUUAUAUCAAAGAAUGGUUUUGAUCCUGAAUUUAUUCCAAAUAAGCAUAAAAUUGUCAUAACAAAUAAAUCAUACUCUCAAUGGACAAAUCCAGCAUCAAACAGACAUAGGGCAAUAGCCAAUCUGAAAGAAGUUGUGAACUUCAUUCGAAAGAGUUAUCCAACCAUAGACACGGAAGUUGUUGAAUGGCAAAAUAUUCCCUUCAAUAAACAAAUUGAGAAACUUUUAAUUACUACUAUUCUGAUAACGCCAUGUGGAGGUGUUUCACUGAUAAUACCACUGCUUCCUCGCUUUGCGCAUGCAAUAGUUAUGGAUUACUAUGCAACUCACGAUCAUUAUGGAUUUAAACGAGGACAAAGCGCCUCAAUGGAAGGUGCAUUUUUAAAUCACUUUCCACAUGUUCGAAAACACUACUACCAAGUGUAUGGAUCACAGGAUUUCGAAUUUGACUUUCCGGGCGCUAAAGAUACUCGCAAUGAUGCGUCUAUAAUUGUGAAUACAACACGUCUACAAUUAUUAAUCGAUACAGCUUUAGAAGAUAUGCAUCCAUAA